CUUUGACUCCACGAUAAAUGCUGUAGGUACCCUCAGAAGCCUCAAGCUGUUUUGGAGGUUGUGCAACAGCACUUAGAAAUGUACCAUCUUCACGCACACCCUUUAGUGAACACUUCAAGAAGAAGUCUUAUGAUUAAAUCUGACAGAACUGGAUAAUGGGAGGUUGAAUCCUUCUUGUGCCCUCAGGGCAAGGCAUGUGACUCUCAGGCAAACAAAUUCGUUUUAAAUCUAUGUCCCAUCUGGAGCAGAAUCCUUGUGUAAGCACAUCUGCAAACCGACUGCUUCAGUUUUUGGAUAUACUUGUACCAACACAAUCAACGAGAGCUCGUGGUGCCAAUUUGCCUUAGGUAGUGACAUUUAUGUGUUUUUAAUUUUGUUAACAAUUGAUCCCUUCGACAAAAGGGACUUUGCAACAAAGCGGAGGCCACAAGUGGGAAGCUCAUUUGCUGGUUGUUUACAUGCAAGGGGAGCUGUGUUGGUCUCCUCUGUACAGUCUAUAUGCCCAGUGCUCACCAUACGCAUCACUCAGCUGCUGAUACAAAGAGCAAUGAGCCGAUCUAGACAUGUGGGCAAGAUAAGGAAACGGCUGGAGGAGAUCAAGAAUCAGACAGUCAGGCCAACCAAAGCAGAUUUCAGCCACAACGAAAGUGUAAGAUUGGCCACUGAUGCUCUUUUGGAUGGUGGGACUGAAUCUUAUCUCCGAGCCUUAAAUGAAGAAGGAGAGGUGGAUUUUUUGUCCUCGGUGGAAGCUUUGUACAUCAAGAAAAAUGCCAGAGAGCCUUUUUAUGCUGACGAAUCUCAGGCAGAGAAGGAGACUGGACCAAGGCAGAAUGAAGCGGGCUCUCUCCAGUCAGGAACAUACUUCCCUACGGUCUCUGAAAACAGAGAUCCAGCCCUGCUUCACACAUGGAGUACAGCAGAAAUGCCCUAUCUAAAGGAGAAAUCCAGUGCCACCGUGUAUUUCCAAACAGAGAAGAACAGCAACAUCAGAGACAUCAUACGCCGCUGCAUCAACAAGACCAGUCAGGUUCUGGCCAUUAUGAUGGAUGUCUUCACUGAUACUGAGAUAUUCUGUGAUGUGCUAGAAGCAGCUAACAAGCGAGAUGUUUUUGUCUACCUGUUGCUUGAUCAAAGCAAUAUAAAGCUCUUCCGUGAGAUGUGUGACAAGGUGCAGAUUGCAGAGGAUCACUUCAAGAAUAUUUCAGUCCGCAGUGUUACUGGAGAGAUUUAUUGUGCCAAGUCAGGCAGGAAAUUCUCAGGACAAAUCCAGGAAAAAUUCAUCAUCUCGGAUUGGAGAUACGUUCUUUCUGGAUCAUACAGCUUCACAUGGUUGUGUGGCCAGGUUCACCGGAACUUCCUCUCCAAGUUUACUGGCCAAGUUGUAGAGCUCUUUGACGAAGAGUUCCGACACCUCUAUGCUUUGUCCAAGCCAGUGAUGGGACUGAGAUCGCCAACACGUACAGUGCCCUUCUUGCUAAACAAGAGCACCACCACGCAAGGCAGCCUCAGUAGCAGCAGCAACCAGAAAAGUGCCAAUACUCCUUCAGAUCCAUUCAGCAGCUUGUCAGCCAAUAGCACAUAUCAAACCAAACAACCCCCCAGAACUCUUGUAUACAGCAGCAAUCCGACACCACAGUCACCACUGCAUAGGGGAAAUUCUUUCCAUGGCUACCCCUCAUUCAUGCCAACCCAAACACAGAACAUGAUCCAGACCCACUACUAUUCGUGGCAAUAUGUUACUGACACCCCAGCAGUCCUUUAUAAUAAUGUUAACAUAUACAAACCUAUGCAUCUUAGACAAGAUGAUGUAAACAGAUCAAGGUUAAAUCCUGUGUGGAGAUGCCUUCACUAACCUGAUUACAUAACCAUCUUAUUUUUGUAUUGCAAAAAAAUGUGUUGAAGAUCCGUUUUAACAAUAACCUGUUCAAUGAUGAACACUCAGCAUAGAAAUUAUGUAUUGUUCAAAAACAGAAGGCUUUCAAGACAACAUUCUCUCUUGGUUUCACACUUUAGGUAUGAUUAUAUAUUUUAGUCACAAUGGACAACCACUGCCAAAUGUUUCUCAAAUUAACAAAAUCUAAGUCUGCUAGCACUGAAAUCUUGCAGGUAUGCGGAUACCAUUUAGGAACAGGAGCAGCAUUGUUUAAGUUGUCACAUUCAUCUGUCCUUGCAUAAUGUAUUCAUGGAUCAAUGUGGCCAGUUGGUUAGCAUUGCCAAUUACAUGAAAGUGGGUAAGAGUUUAUAAUGAUGGUUUUUAUGUCCUCUUAAAGUCUUCCAUUUACUCACUAGACAGGAUCCUGGCAGCAGCUCUUUCAUUCCCCACCAACGUGUCUCAGUCCUGACUUGGAAGGGUCACUGGGGAGCAGAGGAUGGCACAGCCUCUAUCUCCAUUCAAUUUCUGACAUCUCUGCUGAGACUUGUAACACGGCAGCCAGCUGUUGCUGUGCUUUCUGUGAAUAGACCUGCCAGCUAUGAAUAUGAUUGAGAUUACUUGCUCAUGUUACGCAGGCCACCAGAAGCCAGCAGAUGGUAACAGCUUUCAGGUACUAUCCUUUACAGCUUAAUGUAGUCAAGCAAGUUAUACAUGAAAAACCUUCUAGUCCCAUUAAUCCUGCACCACCUAUUCAGUCAUGUCAGUUAUUUAUAUAAUUGGAAACUGAAGCCUCCGGUUUAGGAGAGACUUCCCAUUUCUAGAAAACAAAUUUACCUUCAAAACAUUUGCAGAUUCAGACUGGAAUAUGAUGUACAGUACAAGAAGUCUGAAUGCAAAGUCUUGCCCAUCACACACCUUACAGAACUGUGUGACUAAGCCACUGACUACAAUUGCAAUUCUCUGUGUAUAGCAAAAAGAUUUUAUGGCAUUGUUUUUAUUUGAUUUUCAUUGGCAUCUUGUGCUAUCAUCUGCAAACAGCCAUCAGGACAACCAUAACCUAUUCUCUUUGUCAAACGGAUUUUAGACGCCUCCAUUAAAACUUCCUUUGUGAACAAUCUUUUUAUUAUUCCUUUCCUCUUGUGCCUUGUACCAUCUUUUCCAGUACCAUAACUUGUUUCUAUACUAUUCAUAAUCAAAACAAUGAAAAAUUAGAUUUUAUUUUCACUGAAAUCUAUUAAGCCCAUCUUGCUUACUGGCCUAUACAAGGUGCAAAUGUGUCCUGCUCAUAAUUUGAAGAGAGAUGUGCCAAAGGAACCAAUAAAAUAUAUCGGUAUUGUCAGUUUUGUAAUCAACUAGUGUAAAUGCAGCUGCUUGUAUACUUAGCCAUGUUUCAGAGAGAGCUUACUGCACUCGUGUUCUGGUAUUUAUAUUAUCUAACAGACUCAGUCGUGGCUAGGUAUUGCAUAAACGUAUUAGAACACAAUCCUUAGCCCAGCAAGCUGACACACUGAGCGUAGGCUCUAAGGCCUGCAGUGGCUUGCCAUUUAGUUCCAUUUCCAACUCAAAGUGUAAAGUUUAUAAGCUAAUCUUUUAUUGGCACAGGUCCAGCAUAUGUUUUUUUGGUGGAGUAGAGAUCUGCUGAGACAGCAGGAUACUAGCGAUAGGGGGUACACAACAGAGAUCCUUCUACUUUGGAAUUUGCUUCACCCUUUGGAAAACCUGUAAUUUACAGAUUUUCUGAGGAGAUGGAGCAUGAUUUGGGAGUUCUUCCUGGUAACCAAACUGAUAAACAAUUUUCUUUGUUACUGUGGAAUCAUAGCCUGGGGAAUGCAGAAUCAAAGGCUUCACACAGCCCACCAGGAGAGUAGUUUGUUAACGAUGUGCACAGAACCAGAAUAUCACACAAACUUGCAACUUGUCAGCAAAUAUUUAUGGUUACAUUCUAUAAAAUACCAUUUUUUAAAAAUGAGAGCACUGUGAUAAAGAGUGUUGCUAACUAGCCAGGACAUUAAAUGAGGGGGCUCCAGUUUUGGCCCUUUAAAAAUAUUUUGUAGAGCAGAGUUUCACUAGUAAGUAGAUGAUUUACCUCCUAGUCAGUCAUCUGUUUGUGCCCAAUUGUAGUGAGAUGACAUUAUGACUUGAAAUGUACUGUGCCUUAGUGAAAUUGUUAAAGCCAAACACCAGAAAGACAGCUUCAUUCACUGGCAUAGUGUCAAGCCAAUUUAAUGUUGUGUUGGAAAUCCCCAAUCCAUGUCUCAAGAAUAUCCACCAACAGUGCCCACUCGCUAAAGCAAGGCAGCCUGUAAUAUAAAAGCAUAACAAUAAGAGCACCAGCUCUAGGAUUUUCACUUCCACAGGCAAUCUGAAAAGCAUCUGCUACUCCCAAGCCCCAAUGCCAGUCAUACAAAUCAUCAGUCAUGAAAUAUUUUACUGAUCCUAGUAUUUUAUAGGCCUAAGCAACUGACAACUCCCCAAUGUAAAGCCUCCGCCUGAGGUGUUUUAGCAGGUUUUAUGUUCUCCCCACACUGAGGUCCUGUAAGGCAGUCUUGAUGUUGUGCAAAGACUACAUAAACCAUAUGAAAUUCAUCCAGUAUGGUAGUGAGGGAUACUUUGUGCAACUGAGUUCUCCAAAACUUUAGAGAAAGUGUAGACUGAAGACAAACUGAUAAAAUAUGGGAUAGAGUUUAAGUGCCAAAUUCAGCUCUGGCAUUAAUGGGUGCAGCUCACAUUAAUUUACACAAAGGCUGAGUUUGAAUGUCAAAUAAAUGUCAUUUAUGUUUUGAUGGAAAGGAGUACUGAAGCAGUUCACAAUUUCAACAGUGAAUUAAGCCAAAGAUCCUAAACAGGCUCCCACAGGCUAAACUGGCCAGCGAUCAAAAACAUGAGUAAUUGCAAGCAGCUGCAGAAGUGUCCCAACUUUCAGAAAAACCAGAGAAAGACACUGACACGCCACUUAUAUAUGCUUGAGGAGAAGGGCUCAUGUAAACACCACUCUGAUACUCCACUCCAACACUAAUUGUUGUAGUAAAAUAGCUGGUUAUGUCUGCCACAAACCAGCACCCCUGCAUUCAAACAAUGGCUAUUGAAAUGCUUAACAGUAUUAAAAAUCAGUUAGAUUGCACUCCCAUGCAAUAAUCACUUUAGAACCAUUACAUCUAGCUUUCCAUAAAGCUUCCUAUCCUAAAGUACAAGUUGACAGUCUAUUAAGCACAUAUAUAGUUGUGUGUAAGCCAUGUAUUUAUUCAGUGCUCUCUUUAAGAGCCCAAUAAAGUGUUCUAAAAGCGCACACAUGAUUAAAAGGAAUUCUGUUAUAUUUAUUAACGUCUAUCCAAGUAUUCAUGCCAAACAUCCAGCUUUUGUAACAAGUUGAUCAGGAUGUGGUUGAAGCGCAUUAAGUCAUCAAAUCACCAUAAAUAAUCUGAUAUGACGGAAGGGUUUUUUUUUCCUGGAGAAGACUAAUAAUUAACUUUUACUGUGCACAGAUGAUACAUUAUUGAAUAUUACAGACAACUCUUAAUUUUUGAACUCCAUUUAAAAUUAGCAGAGAAGUGCAUUUUUAGGUGGGGGAUACAAUUCAGCGAAUUCAUUUAAAAAACUUUAGCGUACUUUAGUAUACUGAAAAGAAAGGCAAACACAUUCAAAGGAGAAUCCACAAUAAGAAAAAAAAAUCAUGGUGAACGAGCAUAUUUUCAUUAACUGAUACCAAAACAAAAAUUAGUGAGAUCAGAAUAAAUUUUGUUUGAAGAUGACUAAAGAAUAAAAAAAAAUUAAAAAUUAAGAGCACACUUCGGUUGCUUGGAAUGCAAACUAUGUUGAUAGAAAAAACUAGUUCUCUGCCUUUCCAAAACACAGGACAAGUCAAACCAUGUAAUUUCACUGCUUUUAAACUUACAAUGAACAGAUGUCUGGAUUCAUUAUAACAAAGGUUUAACAACAACUACAAAAAUCUGUAAGGAACAGAAAACUGGUUUGCUAUAGAAUUAACACUGCAUUUUGUGAAACUGUACAAAAGAAAGGAGUACAGUUCUCCUCAAUAUGUAUAGCCUCAGAGACCUGUUACUCUGAACUCUCUGAACAAGUGAAAUUGGGGAUAUAUAGUGAAUUUACACUUGCAUAGAGAACCCAUUAGUCUUAUAUAAAGACUUGUGUGGAAGUCAACAAGUUGCUCUGUAUUGAAAACAUUCUGAUUAAAAAUACAUUAAGGUUCUCAAAUAUCUGAAUUUGAAUAGUAAAAAUAUCUCAACUUAUAAAAAAAUACAAAUUUUAAGCUUCAGGGGGUAGCUGAGUUAGUCUGUACAGGAUACAUUUAAAAAACAAAAACUGGUCUGGAAGCACUUAAUAGACUAACA